AUGCUCUUGCCACGCCCUCCAUCGUUCGGUCAAUCAUCACUGUUACAACCAUUGAUUCACAAAACAAUUGCUCCUUCUUAUGAUUAUGGUAUGAUCAUUUGUGGAACACCAUUCUCUGGUCGAUCUACUUUACUACGACUCAUCCGAAAGAUGGAUCUCAUGAAAUUACUUUCUGGCACUCAUUCAUCCAACAAUAGCACCUCUUCGGUAGGCUCACUCGUAACAUCAUUAAUUUCGGCAUUGUCGAGUACGAGUUCUGUGGAUUCCUUUUCCUAUAAAAAAGUUGUUCAAUUUGCAAUUCUAAGUUCCUGUUUAAAUGCCAUGCAAAUGAUCUUGAAGGAAUUAUCACUUUCAACAUCUGCACCACAAGAUGAUGCUUUUUCUGCAUACGAUACGGAACACGGACAAACCAAAUCGAAAAAGACCACAUUGUGGUCUGAAUACGAUGAAUUGAUCAACAAUUAUGAAGCACAAGUGAAUGGUGUGAACGGUAUUCACACAGCCAUCAAUGCAUCCAUGACCACAUGGGACAACUUCUUGGAUCAAGCUCCAACAAUUGUCAAUUUCAUUGAAGAAUUGUGGAGAGUACCCAUUGUGAAAUUGACCUAUGAAAAAUUAAUGCAAGCUUCCUUUUUUACUCCCUAUGUAUCGAAGCAACACACGACACACGUCACAAAAUUGACCCAUUUGCAAGGUGAAAAUUUUCAUGAAUUAUUUGACAAUUUGCAUGUCAUUAUGAAUUCAGAUUACAAUUUUGCACAUGGUGUACAUGCAAAUGAUUGCUCAAACAGCAAGCUAUUACAACUCAUUUAUUCAUCCUAUUUAUUGGAUAAUACAUUCCAUGAUUGGAAAAAUUCAUUGGGAUCUAGUGAGAAGAGUACAAACAUUAUUAUUGAAAAUAUUCCAUCCGUGACAAGAUUUGACAAGAGACGAUGGUGUUUGAAAACAGAGAAAGCAGCAAUGGAAUUUAAUUCUCUGCAAUUUAAUGAUCAACCCAAUCUUGCUCCUAUCGUUGUUUAUUUAAUUUCAUUGGCAGAUAUUGACCGAUAUAAGAAGAAUACUCCAGUUUUUGAUAGUCAUGUGAAAUAUUUUACAUCUUUAUUGUCAACUCCAGGCACACAAAAAGUAUUACUUUUUACCAAAGUCGACAUUUUUGCAAGCAAGGUCAUGGCUGGCAAGGUUAAAGUUUCUGAAAUAUUUCCAAAUUUUGUGGGAAAUGAUCGUGACCCAUUGAGGGUAUUUGAAUUCAUCUUUAACAAAUUUUGGAUCCCGUGUCGAAAAUACCAUGAAAAUGUACCGUAUUAUGUCGUGAAUUUAGUAGACUUGGAAGAAUGUUCACAAUUUCUUUCAAUUUUAUUAGAAAAGGGAUCACCUUACAUGGGACGAUCCUUUAUCAGUCGACAUUUAUUGCGAAUGAUGGAAAUUUAUUUGAAGAAUAAUUUAAAGAAUGCUUACAUUUUUUCGUGCUCACGUGGAAUUGGAACCAAAAGAUACUUUUCAGAUGUUCGUAUAGUGACCAGUGGUGGAGAGGAUUGA